AUGGGGCGAGCUUUUCGAAUCAUAUAUAAAAUCCUAUACUCACUUUUAGCGCGUCCUCUGCUAAUUCUACUUGGAUUAAUUGCAUUAUACGUGAAAUCACUACAAGUAACAACAUCAUUAAAAUGGGUUCAGAGUCUCUCCUUCACAAAUCAUUUCAUUAAUGACUUAUUCCAAGACCCAAGUCACGUAUUAAGUUUCCUCGGACUAGCGAAUAAUAUUGCCGGUCUUUAUGGACUAGCACUGGAAGACGACCGAACAAUGUUUUUCGAACAUGUUCGUAUACACGAAUACGAUUUCUUACAUGCGCUAUUAAAUGGAUUCAUGCAAGAGCAAUGUAUUGGAUAUUGGAAUGUUGUAAUUUACUUGGUUGCAAUUAAAAGUCGAGAUUUAAAUGAGGUUUUUUGGGAAGCUGUUUAUGGAGAACCUGCGGAUCGUCGAAAAAAGAGUGACAGAAGAUAG